UUAUCAUAGACAAACCCGAUAAUUAUAUUUUCCCGAGAAUCAUAUCUGCAAAUUCCCAAUACCUUCCAACAUUGCUUAGAUACUAAUGGAAUCUCCCUUUUACCUAGUCCACAUGAACAAUAUCGCACUCUAUUCUACCAAACGGGAAAGAAGGGAAAAUCAAAGAAUUGUGUGCCCUUUUCUACUCUUGAUUUCUCCCCCUCCUCCAGUCUUAUAUAAACCCCCAUUGCCAUAUAGCAUUUUCAUUCAAGCCAUAAGGUUGCAGCUUUCUCCUCGAUCAUCUGUUUCUUUUUUGUCUCCCUCACAUUUCUUGCUUGGUUUCUGGACAUUCCUUCUAAUGGAUAGGAACCGGUUGGCCAGACAGGUUGCCCUCCAGAAGCAGUCCCUCUUUGAUCAGGGAUAUAUCGACCAACAAUUUAUCCAGGUGGAGGAACUGCAAGACGUCUCUAGUCCUAAUUUUGUGGAGGAAAUCGUCACAUCGUACUACCAGGAUACUUCUAGACUAAUCGUCAACAUAGAGCAGGCAUUGGAGAGGAGGCCGCUUGAUUUCGAUCAGUUGGAUCGCUAUAUUUAUCAGCUAAAUGGAAGGAGCACAAGCUUCGGAGCCAGAAAGGUGAUAGCUGAGGGUGCCCUGUUCAGGGAAUAUUGCGAGGCAGAAAAUGCAGAAGGAUGCAAGACGACUUUCCAACAACUGAAGACAGAAUAUGCCACACUGAAAAGGAAACUUGAAGCUUACUUUCAGCUAGCAAGACAAGCAAGACUCGCCGAGACAGCAUCACGACCCAUGUAAGGAAUUUGAUCAGAAUGAAAACUAAUCCAGAUGUUGGAGUAUUAAGAGACUUGAAAGUGUAAUGUGGGGAACUUUGUGCCUUGCAUAUGUACAAAUUCACCCGAAGAAGGUUUUUGGUUUUUAUGUAACCUGUGUUUUAGGUAUAUUAGCUCCUAAAUAAAUCUGCAGAAGUUGUUUUGCUGUGUUUC